AUGAUGCAAGCGACUAGUUCGAGCAGCAAGACAUGCGAUGUCGAGAAAGGAAUUAAUGCUGUAGUCAGGAAUGACGGUAAGAAAUGCGAUGGAAGGAUGCGAGCCGGUAGCGAUGAUGGAACCGUUUGUGGAAUGUCCCCUCCGGUCUAUGUUUUGAUAGCUUCCAUCAUAAUUUUAGCGAUUGGAAUCUACGAAACUGUGCAUAAUUAUAAAACGUUGGGUACGCUCGUUGUUGGAAUUGCUGCGGUUAUACUUGCCGUGCUUGGAUUGUCAAGUAAAAGUCCGGGAUACUAUUGCGCUUUAUUCAUAUUGAUGAUAGUUUGUGCUGUUUUCAAUAUAUUCGGACUUGUAAUCAUAAUUACUGAGAAAUUCAAAUUGGAAUUCCGUAUAAUCCUCGAUAUUGUCCUCUUCAUUAUUUCUAUUUGCUUUGUGAUUCAUCUCGCGAUUGUGUGCAACUCACUUCGAAGGAGUGGCUAAGACAAAAC